AUGGUUGAGGCAACGGGAAAGACAUUAAAAUUUGACCUUGAGGAGUUUGAAACCGAGGAAGCAGAGUGGUAUCUUGGAUUGACUGGUAUCAAUGACAAAAUGGGUUCUAUCGAGGGUUUACGUAACUUGACCUCAGAGAAAGAAAAGCUUGGACGGCCUAGGCAGAUUGCUACACCCAAAGUUGGAAGAGUAAAUCGUCCGCGGGCUUCUAACAUUCAAAGAGAAAGGUCUAAAAUUGUUGCAAUUGAAGAGGUGUCCGAUGAGGAUCUUGAUACGGAGGAUGAUGGAUUUAUACCGUAUGCAAAGCCAGACAGCGAUGCGUCUGACUCAGAGGAGGAUCCUACUUUAGUGCAAAGAGGCAAGCCCACGGCUCCAGUCUAUAUACGUGAUUUAGUUGCGUAUCUGAAAGACAGCGAAAACGUGGAUCGAUAUCAUUUGGGUAUAACAAACGCGUCAUUGCUUAUCCGACGCAAAGCUGGAUUUGGGACUGAAUUGCUUGAGAAUAUUGACGGGCUUGCGUUGGUCAUUUUAAGCCUUCAGAAUACCUACUCAUUAGUCAACUUUCAUGAACACCGUUUGCAAGCGAUGAUUGCAUUACUUACAGCGCAGCCUAUACGCAUGGGCCGGUUUUUCACAGCGACAUUCUUUGAUGGAGAUUUAUCCCAGGCUCAGAGAUCUGCCAUUCUCACAGCUAUGGGGCUAGGUGCCAGAGAACUGGCGGGCUACGGAGAAGAGGAUUCCAAGGUCAUGGGUCUGCCGUCGAUGACCACACAAGCCGAUUUCCCAUCCAAAAAACUACCCGGCCACCUGCAACAAUUUUAUGAGACUCAGGGCAAUGAAUCACCUGUCUCUGCGCUUACCGAACGACUGUCUCGCACAUCACUGCAACCCCUAGCACUCGAUGCAGCAGAUGCUGCAUCAGGGCCCAACGUGCUAAAAGUUCGAACAUUUUCGUCGCGUAUGGAGGUCGAACGCCAGCGCCAGCAACGAGAGGCUCAGAGGAAAAAGAAAUUCACUUCACAAGAUUUGCACAAGGAUCUGACAGAAGGAUUCUUCUACCCAUUGGUGGGGAGAUUUGCCGUCAUGAUGCAAUCUCGUUCGUUAUCUUCAAGCGGUUAUAAUCCUUUUUACUCCGCCAACAUCCUGCGACUAUUUCUCCAGACAGUAACUCUUGUGAUAUCUACGUUAGGCCCCCAUACACCGGCGCUUCCGAGUGUUAGUCAGGAGACCUUGACAUUGGUGCUCGCACUGCACGGGACAGCAGUAUCAACAGAGCCAAUAGUACUACCGGCAUUGCUAUCCCUCUUCUUGGCGAUUAUCGACUUGAAUCUCGCUGCCGGUUCAUCAGCAGAAGAAAGACUUGUAACAGAGCACGGGCCUCAAGUAAUUGAACUGCGGGAUUGGACGAAUGAUGUGUUUGAAAGGACGCCGGUUGCUAUCAGCAAAACGGAGUCCACGGCGAAGACAGACGACACUGAUCAAACAAGAUUCCUCGCAGCUGGAAUCCUGGUUAAACUUGGAGAAGUGAUCCAACGAUACCAAGGACGUCUAAUGGGGAUUAAUGUUGGGUUCAAACAGCAGUUUAAAACAGGUGAGGGUGAAAUUCACAAUCUUAAAAGCUUUUUCAUUUUCCCUUUGUACCUCCUUAUACACCUUCGUUAUCUUCCAUCUAUCUCCCCUUUAUUGGGGAGGGUCUUCCGCGGACUCAAAACAACCCAGAUUAUCUCGAUACCCUCCUCAAGUGCGGCAUGGCGGUCGACUAUCAAUGACCUUAGAAACAUCUACCUCGAAGAGCGAUGGAAGGAGUGUGAGAGCAAAUGUCUCCACUUGGUUGACACCUGUGAGACCAUGCCUGUGAUCCAUGGAUAUUUGUUGUUUCUGAUUGCCAGCUGCGUCGAGAUGCAUGCCAGAAACAUGCAUCAUUACUCUGCAGCGAAGCCAAAGAAAAUGGAAGAUGCAGCUAUGUGGCUUGAGAGAUGUGAAGAAGCGUUGUCGAACGCGACAAGUCCGACAAAUGAGUAUGAAGUCGUCGCGAGUGCCGACCACACGCCGCAGAUCUCUGGUCGAGUGCAGCCUUCUGUGAGCAACGACCUUGAGAUGACUCCCACACCAAUGAUGAGGCAAUCUACGUCUACUCUUCGAACUUACAAUAACGUUCGUGGGGUUAGUGCUUGUGAUGAGAAUGCAAAAAGUGUGGAGGGUGUGACGGAAUCGAUUACCAAAAUAAUCGACGUGGAUCUUCGCAAUCCUUUCCACAAAGAAUCGGAUCCUUUCUUGUCGAUUUCGUCUACAAAUACACCGCAGAGAGACUCUCUAGAAAAGAUUCAAGAAUGGGCCAUGUCGCUGCCGCGGUUGACGCCUUCGCCGUUGCGCAUUCGCAAAGCUCGCCAACCAUCGCAGGUGUUGCAUUAUGCUGUGUUGCCAUCAUCCCUCAGUAGUAUGAGCAUUGUUUCUGGUGAGACUGAUCUGGAAGACGAAGAGGCUCCCAAUUCUCAAGAAUCGUCGCUGAGGAUACAAGCAAAGAAGGAAGCUUGGAGAGCCGAAAUCGAUAGACGAAUCGCGCACAGAAUGCGUCGAGACGAAGAUAAUCUCUUCAGACGACGCGACCUUAAUCAUCCGAUGGAGCGGACAACUACGGAUGAAUUGGACGUUGAUUGUGAAAUGUCUUCGCCGACUGGCACACCGGGGUCAAAUGGAUUGCAGUCUAGGGCUAUUCCUCGCACGCUGAGUGAAAUGAUCCAUGAUUUCCUGGGUAACGAAGGAAACAGGAAUAUGAGUGCUGCAUGUCUAGCUCCGAUUCCGCAUUCAUCUAGUGCUAAACCCUUACCACUAUGUCCGAGGCCGAAGAAGUGCGAAACAGAAGACUGUAGAGAUGACAAUCCAGACUCUGACCGCGCUUCACUGGCCCGUCUAGAGCACGCAUGGGAGAAAAUGGCAUCGUUCAAUAAGGUACACUUAGCAGUUGCUGACACGCAGUCACUGCCUGCCGUCGAGAAAACCUGGCACCAACUCUCUGAGGAAUAUCAUCUCAAAAGGAGUAACGAAAAACGAGACCUCCAAGCUUUUCAGGCCCGGGUCGCAAGAUUCAACCAUCAGCUGUCCUCCCUUUCACGCUCUCUUCAGCAAAACAUCUUCUUGCUACGCCAGCUUGCUAGGGACAUCGAGCACAAUCGCUCGUCACACAUGCAGGGCCAGAGAUUACCGCCUUCAAAGUCGUACUGGAGCUUCGCGCUCUCGAGAGGCAUUAUCGAUGAGAAGGCCGACGACUACGACGAGCACCGGGACAAACCGGCCAUGAGGCUUAACGUCGGCUGGGCUGCUCCAGGCACGUUGCUCAACGAGACGAAGGGAGCGAGGAUCGAAAGACUAAAGCGAGGAUGCUUCCAGACCGUGGGCCUGCGCAACGAAAAGCGAGGCCAUAAAGGCGACGAGUGGUAUUCUUACUUGUGCAGUGAGGCGGUGGGAGACAUCCGGGGGCUGCAAGCUGCUUGA